GUCUGGCGUCUGGGGCUCACAUAUCGCCUCCUGAGACUGUGCUUGUGGCUGAGAGCGGCUUGCCUUGAGGUCAUUCUCCUCUAGGGCUACUACUGCUACUGUUAUAUCUGUUCUAUCCAGAUCUAUAGGGCUUAUUUCUUGAUCCUUCAUGACCGUAGCAAUAGCUGUUACUAUCGUUCCUUGUUCAACUGCAAUGCGCACAUUUUCACUGCUAGGCUGCUCUUCAAUUUCUGCAGUUUCAUCCAAUGUCUUUCCUUCAAUAAUAUUGACUUCAACUUUGAUGGUAUCAUCAAGUUCUAAAUGCUUUCUUUGGUCCUCCUCCUCAUCAUCUUCCAGCAUCGUUGAUGCAUCUGCUUUCCCUCCAUCUGUUUGUCCACUUUGUUCGAUUUCAUCUUCAUCUGAGUCUUCCACAAAGAUGCCUGAGUAAAUGAUGUUAUGUCCGCCAGUCCAAGUCCUACGUCCAGUUCCGUUCGGGCCCAUGUUUGAUCUCAUUAACCGUUUCCGUGGUGUAUAACCAAUAGUAAGCCCUCCUGCAGCUGCUGUUGCAGAGCUUGAUGCAUUUGCGGCCGCUAUCCGCAUAUCGUAUGACGACGCAUAUGAGCCGCCAAUGCCGCUGCCACCACUUUGUCGUCCUUGGUAUGCCCACGACAAUGGCAUUCGAUGACGACUGAGGCUGCUUGAAUCAACUGGCAGUGCUUGUGGAGAGGAUAGUAUGGAUCGUGCAGGUAUAACAGCUGAGGAAGCGGUAGGUGAAAAUGCAAGUACUUGUUGCCUCCGAGCAUCCUGAAAUGCUAAGAGUGUUGCCAUAUCCUGCUCUUCAUCAUUUUCUUCAGCCUCAUCAUUGCCAUCAUCGU